AUGACCUUGCUAUCCCUCUUUACGACAUCCCAUCGCUCCCCCGGCUCUCCCGACCAGUCCCUCGCCCCGCCGUUCGUUCGACCUCCCGUUGCUCCCUCUCCCCACCGCGAGUUCAGUCCUCCCAGCUCCAAUCGCCACCGAACCAUCAGCCAUUCUGAAGGAGAUGCGGAAAAUGGGGGAAUUCACGAAGACGACGUACCGCUGCGAUAUCUCAGAAAUUCAAAUCGGACGUCAAAGCGGUCGGAGAAAGACAGGCCUUCGCCUCUUCUUUUGCGAUCAGGCGUUGGGUAUCCUCCUGAUGCCCCCAAACGAUUUCCUUCUCCAACCGAUUUGUCCGAAAAUACCGCAUCAACUGAACGUAGCGACUUCUCCCCCUUCCCAUUGAGCGCCAAUCCUCUAUUGCCUCACUCUGCCGAAGAAACUGGCGAAGACGACAGUCAAGAACGUAUCAUCCACGCCACGGACGAAGCUUUGGGAGAUACCGAGGAGAACACUUCUCUUCUUCCGAAGGAGAAUGGGGAUGUAGGAAUGAGUCUGAUGGCGAAGGGGAGCAAUGGGGGAGCGAGGUGGUGCAAGAAGUGUGAUGGCUGGAAGCCGGAUAGAUGUCAUCAUUGUCGGCAGUGUGACCGAUGCGUGCUCAAAAUGGAUCAUCAUUGUCCUUGGGUGGGUUCUUGUGUCGGAUAUCAUAACUAUAAAUCGUUUCUUCUCUUCAUCACAUACGGUACCCUCCUCUCCAUCUACUCCGUCUUUAAAACAAGCUACGAGACCUAUCGCUUCUUUUCCGACCCCGAUGCGGCAGUCUCGCAUCGUAGGCCGUCUAGUAGCAACUCGACCAGCCAAGAAUAUUCGCUGAUCAAAGCGUUGCAGAACGAUAUCGGCCUCUCACCGGCGGUCUUCAUGAUGCUCACGAUUUUGGGAGUGUUUAUAGGGCUAUCGGUGGGCGCGUUGGCUUGUUUUCAUUGGUGGCUUGCAGCGCAUAACCAAACGACGCUCGAAAACAUCACCCACUCAUACCCCUCCGCCCUUCUCGACCUCCCCCCUCCUCACUCUCCUUCCUCUCCCUCUCCCUCCUCACCUCAACCACGAGACCGCAAUACAUCCUCCUCUCGUCAACCAUACCAGGAACCGAGGCUCUGGAAGCCGGAUCACAUGCUUACUCGUAGGGAACGCGAACGGCUGAGGCAUGAUGCGAAAGAAAUCAAUGUCUACGACUUGGGAUGGAGGAAGAAUUUGAGAAGAGUGUUCUUCGGGGAGGGAGAGGUUGGGGCGUGGGGUAUUUUGGCGGCUUUGUGGCCUAGGGCGGGUAGAUCUAGAGAUGCAAGAGCUGGACAUUACUUUGAAUUUGACGCGAAGGCGUUUGAGAAGCUCAAGGGGGUGACGAUGGAAUUGAGGUAUGGAGUGGUGAAGGAUGAGUUGGAGGAUUCGGACACGGAGGAAAGCGAGGGAGAAGAUGAGGACGGUUGGGAAGGGGGCGGAGACGGUGUAGUGGCGAGCGAGGAUAGGGAUGGCGGGGAUCGAGUGAGGACGGUAUAA